AUGUCUGACAACCAGUACAACCUCAAAGUCUACAUCUCCGACGAAUGUUUGACUAAACUCAAGGAAUACGGAUACAGACUUUGCAUCGCAAAGGAAGUAAACGGUAAAUUCAAUGUCGUUUUCCGAGGUGUAAAUAAGCUCCUGUUCCAGAACGCGUUCCGAUUCGAAGAUCGUUAUCGAGUCUUUGGCACGAGCACGUUCAAAGAUGGCGCUUUGAUAGAGGCCUCAACGAAGAAGAACGCAAUCUUGGGAGGCCAAGAGAUCACAUUGAGCUCCGCGGGCGUGUUCGGCCCUGCAUCUGGACCGGAGAAACCUGCAGAGGGAUUAUAA